AUGAAUCUCCUCCCAUCGUCCCCUCCUGCUGAUGAGCCGGCUCCCAAGACACCAAGGGCCGAUGAGAAGGAGGAGGACGAGGGGGCAGAGACCGGUAAGCAGCCCAAGAAGUGGUUUGACAAGGACAGGGCCGUGAAUCAGGCUCAGAAGGCCCUAGCCACUCAGGAGAAAAAGCUCCUUGAGCAGCACAAGCAGCGCGUUGCUGACUUGACUGCCGCAUUGGACAUGAUUGCCAAUCUUGGCCCUGAUGAGAAGAGGACGUAUCAAGGUGAGGAAAGGAUUGCGAGUGUGCGACUCAAGUUCCUGCAAGCACUUUCCGGCGCAGGUGGUGAGCUGACAGAGUUGAUUGAGCAGUUCCAGGUACCAGGUGGUUCCCCGAUGAAGCUGGAUGGUGCGGACAAUGCUAGCACUGCAGGUGCUGUUGUGGCGCUUGGUACUGCGCCACCAUGCAAGCGGUUUGCUGAGCUCAAGUUACUUCCAGAGCUAGCCUUGUUGAAGGAUGAGGUCCUGUUGUGCUCCACGGCAGCGGAAAUUGUGGAGCACAAGAAGCAGUUCGCGCAAAUGAAGGCGCCCAUCAUGGAUUUGCUCUCUUGCUCACAGGCCGUUCUCAACGACAUCAAGAAGGUGACCAAGGUCAAUGCAGCAGAGAAAGCCAAGUGCGCAGCAGCGAAGACAAAGCCGGGAAAGAAAGAUCCAAGUGUCAACGUCCCCCAGCACACCAUUUUCGCGGAGGCUGCCAACUUCGGUGAGAAGAUCCCUGUCAUUGCAGAAUCUGACUUGAAGAAGAUGGACCUCAACAACCCAGCCAUCAUCGACCUCAGCUCCGACACGGCUGGGAAGGUCUUCAGCACAGAAGCCAAACUUUCCUUGGGCCAGCUGAAGAAGAUGUUCAAACAAGCUUCGCAAGGGCGGGCCGAGGUAGCAUUGGAUCUGGUUGUCAUCCAGCACAUUGCGAAUGAAUUGGAGGCAAAAAUGCCAGAUGGCAUGAGCUUCCACAAGGGCAAGGUCGACUCUGUCCACACAGAGUCGAAGGAGAUGUCCGAGCUCCUUCACAGGGCAAUGUUGACGACGAGCUUCGCCAUCAACCAGAACCAAUCCACCUUUGCCAUGGAAAAGCUUUUCCUGCCUUGUUUGAGAUUCUCUAGUGAGGGUGUGCGCCAGGUUGUCAUGUUUCCCUAUGCACAGCUGGCUAAGCAUGUGGCGCCGGAGAAGAAGUUGAUCGACACCUCAGCUAUGCCGUCAUUUGAUUCUGCCAAGUUGCCCGUCACCCAGUUCCUCAAGUUUUGCAGCGCAGAGAAGCUGAAGGCAUUCAUGGAAACCGAUGGUGCCAAGUGCUUUUCCGGGUCUGUCCGGGCAACGCAGGUGCUGUAUGUUCCUGCUGGAUGGUCGUUUGCUGAACUCACUAAGGAAACCGACGAAGAGAAGGAGCACAGAUCCCGGGCCGAGAAAAUCAAGGCCGAAGUCUCCAAGAUGAAUGAGCAAGCCCGCGCUGAGUGGUACCAGAAGGAGAAAAAGAAGAGAGAGACAGAGGGAGCCGGCAAGCGGAGAACAUUCGAAAGUGCAGUAGGAAUCAUCACGGAAGAAAAGAUUCGUUCGAAAGAGCGUGAUGACAUGACAAACUGGGUUCGGUUUCGUGAGUGGGCCGCAACCGAGCGAAUGGUGACUGGUUGCGAACCAGACAUGCUCGAAACUCGAUGGAAAGAAGAGAUCCAAAUGCCCGGUAACCAGACUAUGAUUGUGAACGGUGAAACACUCCUCAAGCA